AUGCUGAUGUUUCACAUCGCACCUCACGAACGCGAGAUCCGCUCCAAAUCUCACGCCGCUACUGGCGGUGCGCACGACUUGGCGCCAAUGCCCCCAUCUAUUCAAAUGACGCAAACGAUUCGGAAUAUGACUCGGAAAAUAAUGACGGCAACGAGAAGCUUGACGGCCUGCUACCUGGCUGCUCGCAAAGAAAUCCGGACUGUCGAUGAAAUUGUUUCGCAUUACAACAGCACCAGUCGCCGGCGACUCACGCCCGAGAACUGCUAUAGAAGUAGUGCACGCAAGCUUUGGUGUAUCUCGGACCUCCACGUGGAUAUCGGAGCUAACCUAGAAUGGGUCAGAAGACUCCCAGUCCACAGGGAGGAUGCCUUAAUUGUUGCAGGUGACGUUUGCGCCAGCAUCCCGCUGUUCAAGAAAGCACUAGCGCUUUUGAAGGCGCGGCGCAAUCCUGAGUCCAUCGAGGGUCGCUUAACUCGAUGCGCCCACGGCAAGAAACAGCCCAGGUAUCGCGACGUAUUCUUUGUUCCCGGGAAUCACGACCUCUGGGUGCCGCCCACAGAUGCCGUUGGGGCACUCCGGUGCUCCGUUCGCAAGUUCUUCCAACUCCUCUUUGUUUGUGACCAACUCGAAGUCAUCUCUACGCCCGCAGAGCUUUGCGACGGGACCCUUAUCCUUCCACUCUUUUCCUGGUACGAACCUCAGUUUGGCAAGAAAAUGGAUGAAGGGUUUGAACGUACCAAGGAUGACACGGUCCAGAAAACCUUCGACACCCUCUGCAGCUGGCCCAGCUUCCUGAAGAGUCUCCCGUCUGACGAACCGGAUGCAGAAGCGACGACUAGCUCCCUGUCCUCGAAUGUUGACGCGCUUUUCUGCGCGCUCAAUGCCAAACAUCUUGAGCUCACGAAAGCACUCAGUCCGACUGUCAUCGUUUCUUUCUCACACUUUGUCCCACGAGCGUCUCUCUUCCCUGGUUUCAAAUGCUUCGCACCUGUCAUGGGUUCGACUACCCUCCAGAACCAGGUCCAUUCCCUUAGCCCGAAUGUCCACGUUUUUGGUCAUUCGCACAUAGACGUGGAUGACUGGAUCGACGGUGUCCGGACUAGGUAUGUGCAAAACGCUGUCGGCCAGCCAGCAGGUAAAGAUGAUCUCCUAGAGAAGGCGCCUGUCCUCAUUUGGGACGCAGAUUGGACGACCAAAAUCUCCUCGCGUCGAGGGCUUCUGGAGCUAACGAUGCUCCCGGAAAUUGACACAGAAGUCGAUCCUUCCCCGAAGAAGCUUGCACCGACUCCGAGCGAGACCACGCAGACUACUCGCAUUGCAGAGCUGUGUCAUCAAUCAUACAUUUGCAACAACGUUUACCGUGUUCAACUUUGGAAUGCUUCAAAAGGUCGGAACACACUUCAGCACAAUCGUCACGUGGGACAGUUUUCGCGUACUCGGUCGCAGACACUCUUCUGCCUUGUCCCGCGUUUCACCCGCCGUACCCCCCGUGCCUCUGGUCAUGGUCAUUAUUGCGCCGCUACAAUAUGCGUCGGAACACCUAUCAUCAUCCAGCGCUGGCGACUCCGUUCCGUCUGCGCCGAUCCAUGGAGACAUACUCCUGACCGUCUCUUAACUGCCGAACGCAAAGAGGAUAUCUAUCCUACAAUACUAUUAAUGACAGACAUCAAGUGGCGGGAGCUAGAACUCUCUUUCGCAAACAUUGUCGCGCUGGAUUUGCCCGAUUCACGACCGAAAGGCUUGAUUGUUGGUACGAAGCAGUCGCUGUAUUUGUUGAUCUCAGUGGGGACUUCAUCUGUCGCAAGCGAAACUGAGAAUCGAUCAGGGACUAAUGUUGUAUGGGAUCAGGACGCAUUGCGUCUGCGAGUCGAUGAACAGCAAUGGAGAGACCCCGGGGCGCAGUUGACUCUUUCAGUGCAGAACGACCGACACCCAGAAGGGCCUAAUGUAAUCGGCCGCACGACCUUGGCAUUGAAUGCCCUACACACAGCGGUCGAUGGGGGCAAACAGCUUACCCUUGAGCUGGAAGGCUUACCACGCGGGUCGCAAGGAAUGCUCUCACUGUCGGACAACUGUAAUGCAAAUGGCCACAGUUGGGACGCUUUCGGACAUCAGAAACUCGACAUCCAUCCAACUAUGGGAGCUUCAGCAUUCAAAAGUGGCGACGAAACUUUUGCCUCUGAUUUCUGUUCGGAGCGUGUGCAGGCUAUAUGGCCUAUUACAGAUGCGAUCAUCGCAAAGCGCCUGAGCAGUCACUUUCAUGGCCACUCUUACUCUCCUGGGCAGCAGCUUCUCCCCUUUAGGCCCAAUGUCCUGAAGAUGUAUGUCGACUACCUCUCUAGGCCUGAAUCGCAGGCAGCGCUGCUUCACGAGAUUGUCUACGAGAACGGGUGUGUGAUGGCGCCGAUGCUUCGGCGCGCCUUUGAUAGGACCGCAGCUGAGCAUGCGGUGCGAUACGCGGGGGAAGGAGCGCAGAUGAGCAGUAGCGGCAUGCUCAAAUUGAAACGAUCAAUUUCUGGGACACGAAGGUCCAAAUCCAUGGAGCCUCUGGUAUCGCCGCGGCGUUAUGCAGCGUCCAUUCGUUCGCUGGUGUUGGCCGAGGACGAGAUGACCUUGAUGGAGAAAAAUCCGCCACCAGACCUUGACAAGGAUGCUACCUUUCCUUGGAAAUCCAUCGAGGAUCCCGUGACGGGCGUAGUCUCCUGGCUCAACAUCGAUACAGGAGUCUCAUCAGUCGAGGAACCACGUCGGAUCUGGGAACACAAGUUGGACGACCUCGAGCGUUUGAGACCGAUUGGUCACGUCGCACGAGCUCGAGAUCGAAUGCCUCUGGCAGAUUCAACUGCCCUGGACUCUUCUUUGGAAACCAAUUUCCGAAAAGAAAGGCGUCUCGACGCAAUAGUUGCCGGCUGGGAUUGGGAAGAGGAUGACGCGGACGCUCGACGUCGCAAGCAUGCCGCGCAUGCAAUGCGGAAGCGAAUUCACGAGGAAACCUGUCGCCGCCAGAUCAACCCAACCCACAACGAAGCCGUCGCAAGCGUGGUGGUUCAACUAGUCUCCCAAGUUGAGCUCCGAACGUCAGCCGAAUCCGAUCGCCUCGCUCGUUGUCAUCGAAGGCUCGUGCAAACCAGCUGGCAUCCUGCCGUGGGUCGUCGUCACAUGCGACACCUUCGAGGUUCCCUUCCGAGGGGAGAAAAUUGCGUCGACCUUGAAUAUGUUGAUGCGUUCCUCACGACCUGUGGCAAUGCACUCAGCCGCGAGCCCUCGAGCCUUGAGUCGGACUGCAACCACACAGAUACACCCCCAAAGUCCCCAUCGAGAAAUCCGUCCUCGUUCCAAAGCCUUCUGAAUAGUUCACUUCGUAAUCACGGGGUAUUUCAUUCGUUCCAUGUGCCUGCUACACCAAAUACAUCCAGGAUGCAUUUGUCACCCUGCCGAGACGAACGCAGUGCGAAUUCGGAACGAAGCGGUGCAUUCUUUACAGCAACUCUGAAUCUCGAACUUUCUCUUUUGUUGCCACCUACGUUCACCACGAUUCAGACAUCUCAGCCACCCUGGACAGAGUCAAGUAAUGCAUUUGCUGGAGGCAACCUGCAUUUAGAAACUAGAAAAAGUAACAAAGACAAAACUUUGAAGCGCCUAGAUACUCGAGCCCGUCGUCGUUUUGAGAGCCUAUUACUUCGUGAUGUGUGUAGGGCUGCGCAACUUUCGAGCUCUCGUGUAGCACUGGAUGAAUUUGUGACCAUCAGGACUGAGGCGGUCAAUUCCAAGGUUAGUACCUGCGUAGUAGGAGCACCGUUGCCUGAUCCGAAGCUGUCGGAAACCCUUGCAAUGCGCAUGCGACGUGCCCUUACGGUUCGUGUAGCUAGUCAUGCCGGCAAGCUAAUCGAAGGUCAGCUUCUAAAGACACGAAAAGCGCUCGGCUGGAGAGCGGAUCGCUCAAACCUCAUCGUCGCAAAGAUCAGCAUCGUUGGUACCAGCUUUGCUAAUGCAUACAACGGAUACCCUGGAGCUGAGAAGGCGGACCUGGGCCCAAUACUGGGUGUUUUCGUGACUCCAGUCUUUUUUGGGUAUGGUACUCAAGAAUCUAUUGUGAACCGCGAAUGGUCUGGCAAGAGCGUGCUAGUGAAUGCAGACACCGAAGCAUUGGAAAUAGAAUCAUCGGAAUCUGAAAGAUCAAAUUUUGAUAUAGUUCCCAGGACGCUUGAUUCCAAGCUCAUGUUGCGGGAACUGAAUGCAUGCAAGGCAAGAGUUGCGUAUGAUGCCGUGAUGAAGCGGCCUCUUGUCCUCGGCUAUGAUAAUAUCGAACACAUGACUGCGAUUUUCAGUGGAAGAAAGGACCGCACUGAACGUCAGUUCAAAGUACAACAGCGCUCCGAGGAAAUCAAACAGCUGAGAUUAAGCAACAGGGAGCUUCCACCGUGGUGGCAACGGCCGCGUACUAAGCCGGCGUCUUUUCGAUCUGGUUUGUUGCAUUCUGCUCUGUCAACUGAUGCCUCGCUACGGACGACAGCGCGUGCAUGUUCAAGACGCCGACAAAAUGCAGCGAAGGCCCGCGUGCAUCGACUUCGUGCAGUGUCUUUGAGGGCAAAGCGGGCAGCGAUGCGGCUUUGGCUUGUUCGGAAACUUGCAUCCCUGACAUCGGAGCCGAACGCACUGUUGUCUCAAUUUAAAAAUCUGUAUGAAAGAGAGUGCGCAGACGAAGAGGCUCGAGUCGUGGCGGUGCAGCGUGAUAAUGCAUCAGCUGAUUUUGUGGAGCAUUGGGAGCGGACCGAGUCGCGGAAAAAACGCAUCAGCCGAGACAUUGAAACAGCUCUUCGCUGGGUGCAUCGUGAGGCGUGUGCUGAAGGCUAUGCCGCCACUACCGACAAUGAGCCGCAUACGCCUGUGCGCAAGCGAGAGUUGUUUGCUACACUCUUCGAGGCACCAACAUGUAGCUGGGCAGUUCAGCUACCUCAAGGUAUGGCCUUGGCUCCCCUCCUCCUGCAGCAUGACUUCGCCAUCGCGUUUCUCCUUGCCCCUGUCGAGCAGCCUGGAUAUAUAUCAGUCGAGGAAUUUGUGAUCUUUGGUCUUGUCGUGGCCGAGAUCGAACCAAAGUUUCACCAGGUGAAAGAAGAUCUCGCUGCUCAUCGUGCUGCUUCGGGAACGCAGCGAUGGACCCACCAGAGCGCAGAUCGGGAUCCUAGCAUUGAGACACUGCCCAAAGACGGAAGCCAGAGAGCCAUGGCUCAGCUUGCUGGAACAGGAACACGAGAGGACCCAGGUUACUGGGCGCGAGCACACACGCAUAUCAUGGUUCGCUUCGAUAUCGAGCCAGCUUACUGCUGUAUCUGUCGGCGCAAUCGAGCCAGUAUUCAGAUUGAGACCGCCCGGAAAGCUGAAUCGAGGUGGAGUGCAGAAUGGUCCACAACACGCGAGCGCAGGCUUGACGAGCUGGUGCCUGACAUCCGCGAAGAAGUUGACAACAGGCGUCGCUUCAGGCGGCUAGAGGAAUCCCGGCGAACUGAAGUCGCUCUGACACUCCAAAAUUUGCUGGAUUCUGUCUCUGCUGACGAGGAGCGUGGCAUCAUCACGGCGGCCAUCCUCAAGGCUAUUGUCUCGUCCAUUGUCUUGCCAAGAGUGCCAUAUACUGCCCAUGUAAAACACAACCUUUACGAGAAGUUUGGUGGAGCCCUUCCCAGCGAAGCACGGGAUGGAGGUUCUGAUGCUCUUCGCCUUGACCAGCCGAAAUCGUCACACGUCCCGGUCCGCGUCAUAGUAUAUGCAUCUCAGGAUGAUGGGGUUAACCACCUCAUUGCCGAAAGUAAUGUACCACAAGACGAGCUCACAGAUCCACCGAUGAUGCCCCUCCUCAUAGACCUAGGACAAGGGGCCGCUCUCAAAUUGAGGAUCAAGCAUAGUAGGGAUGCACAUUGUACUCCGCAACUCUGCGUCCUCAGCGCGAGCGGCUUGCGCCUUCAAGAUGAUGUUAGUGCAAAGCAGUCCAGACGUUUUGAGCAUAAAGAAAACAACGGUAUGACCCAGCUCCUCGGGGGGAAUUCAUCUACGCCGACUCCUGCUGCGCCUUCACCUGCAAUUCGGCCUUGCGCCGCACCCAUGUUUGCGCCUCUCUCUAAUAUUCUAGCACCAGUGAGCUCCGGUAGUUUUGGUGAAAGCGAGUUCCGUCGGGUUGACAACAUGCGGGGGACGCCUUCUCUCUUGAAUUCAUUUUGUGCUAUCUACAUGCAAGACACUGAGUUAAGGCAACUUAUGAUUGGUAGCGCGGAACGCAUCAAGAUGGAAGCAACGCUCGCAAUGCAGAUUUCACGUCAAUUUGAUGCACGUGAUGCCGAACUUCUCCGUGCCACACUUUCACGAUCAGGUGCACUGGACAGUGGUGAAAUUGAACGAUCAAUGAUGGCCACAGAAGAGAGGCAUUCUCGCACCGUGGCGGAAGGCUCACUUCAAAAACGUGAAAAUUAUUUAUUGCAUGAGCAGGAAGAAGGGCAACGAUCCCUCCAUCUAUUGAUUGGCGAGCUUACUGAGCGCGGCGUGACCUCGUUCCUGACUCGACUCACCUGGCUUGAAUCUGUUUUACCAACUGGCGGACCUUCUGGUCCGGCGGCACAUGUCAUGCUCGAUCCAGCUUCAGGGAAGUCUCUGCUUCUUCGCCUCCUUCCGCUGCAAUAUGCUUCCGAUGUGGAACACGUGGUGUCUGUCGCAGAGAAUCUCCGUGAUCUUCGAUGCCGUGGUAUCAUCAGAAUCGUAUCUGUCCAAUCCCAUGAAUUUACAUCAUUCAACAUUCACGGCACCUGCAGCCAGGUCUGGACGCUAGUUGCAUUUGUCACCUCCAACACUGGCAGUCGCUGCCUCACUGAUCAAAUUGAAGGCUGUCGGCAGGCCAUUAGUGCAAGCGCAGUCCAAAACUGGGCGCACCAGAUAGCAGUGGCUCUUGCAGCGCUACACCAUGGCAAUCUCCUGCACCAAAACAUUCAUCCCCGUGCGAUCUGCCUUGACGAGGAAGGUCGCGCUGUUCUCGAUGACUUUCUCUUCAUGACUGAUGCACGUCCCCCUCAUUGCACUUAUUCUCGUGGUCGAUCUGACUAUGGCGCUAUUGCCAAACAACUUGUCGCGCCUGAGAUAACCUAUUUUUCUGGCGCCGUCUCACCCAAAACCGACAUCUGGGCGUUUGGCUGCUGCAUGUAUCACUGGAUUACGGGCAUGCUACCCCCAGUUGACUCGCACCCACAAUCCCAGCGGUGGCUUGCAGAAAUUCCUAGGCGAUUUUACGGGGCCCUUUACCAUGCUAUCGGCCUUGCUCUCCAGGCACACCCAGCGGCCCGUGCAACGGCGAGUGACCUCGUACGCAUUCUCUCAGCUUAG